GGAUUCUCAAGGAAGGGGACUUUGCCGAGCUCUUUACGCGCUCGGGGUAAUAACACCGACCAGCUGAGGCUUACCAAUCUGCUACUCGGCACCCAGAUCUCGACUCCAUAGCUAAGGUAUAUAACUGGAAGUUCUGUCGGAUCGUGUUAACCAAGGCUUUCCUAAACUCAUAGCAAUAAUUUCCAGCAGUGAAACAUAGAAGAGAAAAGAUUUCAGCAAAUGGCCUUCUCGGUGCGGGGCAAGACGGCAAUCGUCACAGGAGCAGGAUCAGGCAUCAAUCUGGCCUUUGCCAACACCCUCCUCUCACGAGGAUGUAACGUUCUCUUCGCCGACAUAAAACUCCGGCCGGAAGCCCAGGACCUAGUGGAUGCACAUACCGCUCCCAAAAAUGCAGAUCUAGGCCGAGCAGCCUUCCAGGAAACCGAUGUCACCGAAUGGAAGCAAUUGGAACGUAUGUUCCAAACCGCCCUGUCGCACUUCGGAGAUAUUGAUAUCGUGGUACCCGGUGCUGGUGUUUACGAGCCGACGUGGUCGAAUUUUUGGCAUCCUCCAGGCAGCGCCCUGUCAAAAGAUCCGGUGGAUGGUAACCACUACAGAUUGUUCGACAUCAAUGUCACACAUCCAAUCCGGACGACCCAGCUUGCCCUAUCCUACUUCCUCGACAAGAAAAAGCCGGGGAGUAUCUUGCACGUUUCGAGCAUCGCCGGCCAGAUCUCCUCGGCAUCUACUCCGCUAUACAUGGCCUCCAAGCAUGCAGUCUCGGGAUUCGUCCGGUGCCUGGCUCCCUUGGAAUCAAGAUUCGGAAUCCGCGUGACUGCCGUUGCGCCAGGGGUGAUCAAAACCCCUAUCUGGACAGAGGCCCCUGACAAGCUUAAAAUGUUCGACGAGGCAGCAGGCGACGAGUGGGUAGAACCGGAAGACGUGGCAAAUGCGAUGCUUGAUCUCGUGGAGAAAGACGAGUGUAGCGCAGGGAAGAUCACCGGCGGGAUAAUUCUCGAGGUGGGGAAAAACCAGACGCGCAUCGUUGCUGAGUUCAAUGAUCCAGGCCCAUCUGGGGCAGGACAUUCGGUUCAAAAUGAACCGCAGAUAAUCGAGGAGAUCUUUAAAUCAGCAGCGGCGGGGGGAUGGGGGAAGUGAACUUGUAUGCGGGGCUGACCUGUAGGUCUUGGAUGAUGAUCUGCAGAUAAUUGGCUAUGCGAACAUAUGCACGCAUAUACAACGUUCUGAUAAAGAUUGAGACCCGGUGCUUUUCCAGAAAGCUUCUCCUGUGUCAAUAGGCUAAGAUCCUCUGAUAUUCAGUGUUUUUAUCCUACUUCGAGAUACCGGAAGCCCUGCUUGAUUCCAGGGCGGGUCUAGAGCCAUUCCAAAGCCUAAAGCAGCUGAGACAUCCACGCUUAUCCUCAACCACGACAACGUUACGGAGUUUACUCCCCUGAAUCAGACCGAAAUUUAUCCUCUGGAAUCCGAAUUCCGACAACCAUCAUACUUCAGUUCCAGCCGUCCUUUACCUACCUGCUUCUUCGGGAC